AUGCUGCUGGAGGGGCUGGCGCUUCUCUUGAACCCGAAUGCAGCGGGAGCACGGAAGCAAUUAUUAAGCUAUACACACUGGCAGGGAGAGAGGCCUCAGAUGGAUUUCGACUCCAAACCUCAUUCACAGCCUAGGCUGCUCAACCCGAGGCUGACCGUGGACCCGAGGGCCUGGAACACCAGUGAGGUGCUCUCUUCGGGUCGUAUCUACAGCCAGGCCGAGGCAGAUCUCAGCACAGAAGUCACCUUUUCAGAGAGCUGUUCCCUGAGCAUCCAGUCUCAGCAAGACGCCAUCUCCUUCCACCUGCUCUCCACCUACCUCUCUCUGUGA